AUGUUUUAUUAUUUAAUAUACAUUCUCAUAUUGUUUAUUGUUCAAAAUACAUCUGAACAAUAUUUAUUAGGUACUCAUUUUUAUGUUAAUCAAGAUAAUAUACUCAUUGAUAAUACAUUAAAAACAGUAUCAACAUUAGCACGUCCAUAUGAUCUUGUUGCAUUCAUUGGUCAAUCAGAACGUUUAGCACGUAUUGAUUAUUUACAAACAUAUAUUGAUUCAGUUGAUGAUGUUGUUGAUUUAUCUUCACAACAACAACAACAACAACAACAACAAUCAAAUCAAAUCAAUAAUUAUAAAGAGGAUAAUAAUGAACAUAUAGAGAAAUGUAAUAGUUUUAUAAAUAAUGGUGAAUCAUUAAUAUUUAAAAUUCUUAAAACAAAUCUUUAUGAUAUAUUUCAUAUACCAUUUGAAUUAAAAAAUAUUUCAAAUAAUUAUACAAGUAAUGAAAAAUUUAAAACAAAUAUUUUAUCAUGUAAUCAUUUUUGUUAUAUCAAUACGAGUCUUCUAACAUUUGAUCAUUUACCAAGUAUUUCAACACGUUAUGAUGAACAACAACCUAUACGUAUUGAUGAUGAAGAAAUAAAUAAUAUCACAUUAGUAAAUUAUGAUAAACAAGCUCAAUGGUCAAUUAAUGAAUUAUAUCAUAAUCGAACAUCCUGGUUAGCAUAUGUUUAUUUAAGUCGAUAUUUUAAUUCAAAUAUUUCAUAUAAUAAUGCUAUUGAUUGUUUACGUUGUGCACUUAUUUAUGGUUCAAAUUAUGAUGAUAUUAUAUUAAUUGAAUUAGCUAAUAUUGUUUUUCGUUAUGGUUAUAUACGUGAUGCAAUUAUAUUUAUUGAACGAGCAUUAGAUUAUCAUUUAAGAUUAAAAACAUCAAAUGUUAUAUCAUUAUUUAUUCGUUCAAUAUUACAUUAUUAUUUAGGAAAUCUAUGUACUAUUGAUAAUAGAUUUUUAUUAGCUAUACAAUUUUAUAAUCGAACGAAACUUUUAUUAGAAAGAAUUAUAAAAAUUAAUGAUGAACAACCAUUAGAAAUUCUUUCAUCAUCUUCUCUUGGUUCAUUAUCAAUUUCAUCAUUAUUGUCAAUAUCUCAACAAAAAAUCGAUGCACUCGGUUGUCAUUUAACAUUAGAAUUAUCAUUACAACGUAAACAUCAUAUAUUACAAACAAAAUUAGCUCAAUUAAAUCAAUUACGAUCAAUAACUGAUGAAUUAAUACAUUUAAAUAGUCUUAUUAAACGUGAUAUGUCAAAUGGUCAAUCAUUUAUUGAUUAUUUACGUCAAUUAAAAGAUGAACAAAAACAAAUAAUUUGUGAUUGGAAAAAACCAAGAAAACAAAAAUCAAUUAAUAAUCAACUAUCUAAUAAUUUAUGUUUAAAUAGAAAAAAAUAUUCAACAAUAAUGAAACAAGAAGAAUAUUGUUCUAUUGAUGAAAAUUAUUCAUUUAUAAUAAAAACAAUACAUAAUACAAUUAUUGAUAAUUAUGAUUGUCGACCACGAGAUAAUAUUAUUAAUACUGAUGAAGAUAUUAAUAUUAAAGAUAGACAAUUAUUGAAUAAAAAACAAAGUCUUAUGUCAUUACGUCUUGCUGCUAUUGAACAAACUCAAUCAUCAUAUGUAUUAGAAGAUGAUGAUAAUCGUAUUGAUUCUAUUAAAACAACUGAUCAAAUAACAUUAGCAUCAACAACAACAUGGCCAACAUUAACAUCACGUUUACCAACAGAUGUUAUUAUAGAACCAAAAAAAGAAUUUAUUUUAAAACAAUUAAAUGAACUUUAUCCUCCACUUAAACAAAAUAUUGUUAUUAAAUUAAAUGAACAACAAUUACCGACAUAUAAAGAUUGUCAAAUACACUAUUAUGGUUUACCAUCUAUAGGUGAUUAUCCAACAGUAUGGUUACCAUUAGAAAAUAAAGGUUUAUUAAAUAUAAAACAAGCAUUUUAUCAAGGUCUUGAUCAUGAAAAAAAACAUUAUCCACUUCCAUGGUCUCCACCAAUAUGUACAUUAUAUAAACCAAUAAAUGAACGUUUAUCAAUUAUUGAAAAUCAUCCUGUAUUAAUGCGUUCAUCACGUAUAAAAGCACCAAUAAAUCGUUAUGAUACAAAUAUGUUAUUAAAUUUAUAUUUUUAUAUUGAUUCAAUAAUUGAUGAACAAUUACCAAUUGAAGAAUUUGGUCAACGUUUAAGAUCAGUUGGAGAAAAACAUGAAUAUUUAUUACCAGAAUGGAUUGUUCAUUUAUUAUCAUCACUUUAUUGGCGUGUUAAUGGACAUUUACCACAUGCUAUUGAUUGUGGAUUAAAAGCACAUGAAAUAAUUAUUAAAAAUAAAGUUUAUAAACAAUGGAGUGAUUUAACACUUAUUAAUCUUGCAAAUAUUUUAUAUCUUUGGGGUAAAUAUGAAGAUGCGCUUGAUUUAACUGAACAAGCUUAUUCAAUAAAUUCUCAUGAGCCAAUAACAAAUUAUUUCUUGGGAAAUUUAUUAGCAUUAAUAAAAAAUAAUCAUACAGCAGCACAAGAAUAUUAUCGACGUACAUUAACAAUUGAUCCAACACAUAUAUAUGCUCGACGACAAUUACGUCUUAGUUAUUGUUAUACAAUGUAUACUGCAUGGGAAAUUAUGAGUUGUUCAAAUGAUAAAAAUAAUUAUCAUAAAAAUUCAAUAUCAAGUGAAACUAACAGUGCUGCAUAUUUAUCUUAUCAUUAUCGAACUACUCAAUGUCAUCAAUCAAUUGUUGAUAAUCGUUCAUCAAUUAAUCGUUGGCUUAAUCGUUCAUGUUUAAUAUCAACAAUUAAACGUGAUGAAUUAUUAAAUGAUGCACAACGUGCUUAUCGUUUAUAUGGUUUAUGUUCAUCAUCAUUAAUAAUUAAUAACAAUAAUAAUAAUAAUAAUAAUCGUAUAAAUGAUGAAUGUUCACAAGGUUAUGCUGUUACAAAUUAUGGUAAUGAUAUUGGACAUAUAAUUAUAAUAUAUGAUAAUUUAAAACAAACAUUUGAUUAUACAUUUUUAUUUACAAAUGAUUAUAGAAAUAUCUUUUUAAAAGAAAGUAAAUUAAAAUGUAUUAUUUAUGGUACAGGUAGAAAAUCUUCAAAAUGUUAUGAUUUAAAUAUAAUUGAUCCAAAUGAAUUAAAUUCAAAACAUAAUAUGACAUGGUGGCGUGAUCCAUCAACAUUAUAUGAACAUUUAAAAGAACUUAUUGAAAUAAUGAAUUAUGAGUAUGAAUUAAAUAAUAAUACACAAUUAUUAAAUAAUAAUGAUAAUGAUAAUGAUAAUAUUUAUGAAAAAUAUUUUUCUGAUUAUUAUAUUUUAUCAAAAGAAAUUCAAGAAAAAUAUUUAUUAAAUAAUUAUAUUAAUAUUGAUAAAAAUGAUUGUAUAAAUAAAUCAUUAAUAACAUAUACACCUUAUUUAUCAACAUGGAUAUCACCACAAACGAAAAAUAUUUAUUUAAAUUAUACAUUUUUUAAACAAAUAAAAAAAGAUAAUUAUGAAUUAAAUCAACCAAUUUGUUUAUAUCCAUUUAUUGAACAAAUAAAUACAACGAAACAUAUUCAAAUACUUGAUUAUAUUAUUAAAAAAGCUAAUGAAAAUUUAACUUUAUAUCGAUCAGAAACCAUAUUAAAACCAAUUUUAUUAAAUUUACUUUUUGAAAAAAAUCCAACAACGAUGAAUAAAGGAGGUGAUGAUAAAGUAUUAAUUGGAUCUUUUCUUGCUGCUGGUCUCAAUUCACCUGUUUACAAUACAUCUUGGCUUUUUUUUCAUACAAUAUCACUCUAUUGGCGUCUUAUGGGUAAUGCAUCUCAAGCACUUAAUUGUCUUUUUCAAUCUUAUCUAUUAUCACCAUCAAAUGUACAAGAUUUAACAUAUCUUUCAAUGGCAUUAUUGCUGUAUAAUAGUCAAUUAAAUAUAAAUGAAGCUAUUUAUUUAUUAUAUGAAUCAUUAUCAAUUGAUUCUCAUAGUCUUGUUCUUACACAUUUUACAUUAGGUAAUGCGAUGGCAAGAAAAGGUCAUUUAGAUUUAGCUGAACAAUGGUAUCAAUCAACACUAAAAUUAAAACCAGACUUUGAACCAGCUAAACAACGUCUACGUGCUAUUCAAUGUUGA